CCGCAGAGGGCGGGCGGCAGCCAGCAUGGAGCGCGAGCUGGAGGCGCUGUCGGCCCGGCCCGAGCGCCCGGCCGAGCCGCCCUUCCAGGCGCUGGUGGAGGCGGCUGGGGGCCGCGGGCAGGUGCUACUGGUGGGCGAGCUGUGGGAGCGCGAGCAGAGCCGCGCGCUCCUGCAGGACUUCGCAAGAGCGGUGUUCCCGCCGGAGCCAGGCGCGGGCAAGCCAGGCGGCGCGGCUGCAGAGGGCGCAGGGCCCGGGGCGGCGCGCGGGGCGCAGAGGGCUGCGCGGACGACUGGGGCGGCGAGGACGGCGGGGGCGGCGGCUGCGCGCGCCAUCCGCUCGCAGCUGGUCUUCGUGCUGUGCCGCGCGUCAUCCCUGACCGCCCGGGAGCCGCGGCGCCGCCUGCGGGAGAUGCUGCGGGACGUGCGCGGCCGGCGGCGGGCCGGGGCGGCGCUGGUCGGGGUGCUGGUGGCCGAGGCCGGGCCGGAGGACGCGGUGGCGCCGGGGCUGCGGCUGCUGGAGGCGCUGCUGCGCGCCGUGUUCGGCCGCCAGGCGGGAGGUCCCGUGCAGGCGGCCGCCUACUGCCCCGGCCUCCCGUCCUCCUGCCUGGCCGUCCAGGCGGCCGCCUGCAGGGCCCUGCAAGCCGCAGGAGCCGGGCAACCAGUGGAAGGAGCCUGGGAGAGACCAGCCCUCCCUGGACUGCUGGCCUGCUUUUCCUGGGGUCCCUGGAGCCGGAGGAAGGACCAGGAUGUUGCUGCCUGCAGAAGCCCAGCUCAUGAAAACUUCCAGGAACCUGAGGAGGAGCUGGCACUAACAGCCGUAUUUCCCAAUGGAGACUGUGAGGACCUUGGAAGGGGGUCAGAAGCCUGUGAUGGAGUUGUCCACACUCCUGCUGAGCCCACUGGAGAAUCAAGAUGAAGGCUGGACCCUUGGGCUGUCCCUGGCUCUAACCUACAGGCUGGGGGUUGGCUCCCUCUCACUGGCCCCCAGGUCUCCAUGGAGACUACAGAAAGCCCCGCCUGCUGGAGGCCUGCCACACUCACAGUUACCAGCUAGACGGUGGGACUUACUAGGACAAGCAGGACCUAAAACAGUGUCUCCCCGGGGAACCUACUCCCCACCCAGCAUUUGCUGAGUCUGAUCGCAGGGAGGUUAUUUUGUCUCUCUUGCUCGGUUUCUCUGAGCCACUGAGACAGAUAGCUCUCUGCUUUGAGGCUCUGCAGAGCUGUGGCAUCCCAUGGUGUGUUUGCAGUGUUCCGGGCACAUGCAUGGGCACCAAUCAUUGAGAGUGCAGCUGGGAAGAAUUCUGGGCCAGAAGUCAUCAGAGCUGAGGUGUGGCCUUACACAUGUCACUUAGUCUCUGGGCCUUCUGUUUCACAAAUGCAUGAGGGGGCCACCAGCCCAGUGACUUUAAACCAGGGGCAGCUUGUCCCUCCAGGCAGCACUGGAAACGUGUGUGUGUUGAGGGGGUCACAGUGACUGUGGGGGCACACCUGGUAUCUAGUGGACGUCCCACAAUGUGCAGAACAGUCUCCGACAGCAAAGAAUUGGUCCAUUCAAUGCCAGCUGUAGUACCUUUGAGACAUUCUGGCUGAGCCAAUGCCUUCUCCCUGUCACGGUCCCCCAGAGCACAGAGGGUCAGGCUUCCCUGGACCUUGGCUCCCAGAGCAAGCCAAAAUAAAGACCACACUGUUGCCCUGGGGGCUUGUCGGGCCAGGGCCAAGAAGGUCUGUGUGCCUCAGGGCGGGGACAGAAAUAGCCAUGCAUGCCUGGGAGAACAAAGAGCCUCUUUCUUUCUCAUGUUGACAUCGACUUUCUGUGCCAAGUCCUCUGGGUAUAAGGAUGCUAGGGAAUUCCUAUAGGCACCAAACAGAAGGAAAGCCAGGGGCUUGGACUACUGGGUAUGGACUUGCUGUAGGUCUCAGGUCCGAGCCUAAGCUUAUUGCAGACACAGCCCCGCUGGGUUCUGUGUUUCUGUGGGGUUCUGGAAUCCCUUCCUGUGUGUCUGUGAGUCUGACAGAACCGAUGAUGUUCCCUUAGAGCCGGGAAAUCCAUGUGUUUACUCGCAGAGGGAACUCACCAUUACCUCCCUUGUCUUCUUUGCCUGCCUUGGAGAAAUCCAGAGUCUUCGGAAUGGCAAAGGCAGCUCCUGGAUUUCCCUGGAGGGGAGGCACUAGCUGAGGGAAGUAGCUCCCUUCAUUCAUGAUGCACAGUUUACUCAGGAGACACACAACUGUGCCUACUAUUUGCUCAGUGCCCUGCAAGGUGCUGCCUAACUUUGAUUCGUUAUUUCAGCUGUCUCCAAGAUGGUGCCAAAUGGUGCAAUGGGAAACCUGUUUUGGUUGGGGGGCUCUAUAUCACUGGCCCCAGAACUCCCGGCUGCCAGGGUAGCCCCUACCGCCAGCCCCUUGCUCCUGGACAGCAAUGGGUCUCACCUUUAGCCUCUGCCCCCAGUUCUGGUCUGACCCAACAGAGGGGCUCUGUGAUAUUGAGGAGGGGCCCUUCCUGCUCUGUGCCUCAACCUAUUCUCCCUAAUAGGGAGUCUAAUCCUAUUCCUUCCCUGCCUGAUGAGGAUGGUAUGAGGACGAGCAGGACGGCAUCUUAUUUGGGGUUUUUUUUUUGGCAGUGGGCCUCAUUUUAAUCCUGCAGGACUACCUGCCAGUAGAUCCAUCCAGCUGCUUCCUUGUAGACAAGAAUGAGCUCAAUGAAUUGUGAUUCACUGAUUUUAUUGAUUUUGUUUUAAAACAGGGAGACUGGUAUGUUUGAAGCUGCUAUCAUUUUCUAUUUCUUUUUUUUCUUUUUUUUUUUUUUUUUUUUUGAGACGGAGUCUCGCUGUGUCACCCAGGCUUGGAGUGCAGUGGCGCGAUCUCGGCUCACUGCAAGCUCCGCCUCCCGGGUUUACGCCAUUCUCCUGCCUCAGCCUCCGAGUAGCUGGGACUACAGGUGCCCGCCACCACACCCGGCUAGUUUUUUGUAUUUUUAGUAGAGACGGGGUUUCACCAUGUUAGCCAGGAUGGUCUCGAUCUCCUGACCUCGUGAUCCACCCGCCUCGGCCUCCCAAAGUGCUGGGAUUACAGGCUUGAGCCAUCGCGCCCGGCCCAUUUUCUAUUUCUUAUUUUCUUUGUAAUCACCUUGUUAAAGUUUUCUUAUUUGGUGGGAGAGGGAGCUUUGUUUAAGUGUGGAAUUUGCCUAGGGCAGAAGUUAUAAGGCUUCAUAACCUUUUGUAUGUAUUGACAAUAUUUGAAACUCGGGAGAUUACGUAUAAAAAAUACCUAGUUUUCUGGAUGGAGGAUGGGGCAUGCUGUCAUCUCAAGUCUGCUGCGGCUCACCCCCACCACCAUUACCCCCUCCCCCACCCUUCCCAUCCCCCACUGCACUUCACUCAUGGAGGACGUCUGCCCGGUGCUGGUCCAGGCGGGCAUGUGAGUUUGUAGCCUCUGCUCCAAAGGAUGGUUUACACAUUUUCAUUUUCAUUACCUUCAGUAUUCCUGUGAAUGGUUCAAGAGAGAAAGUCUUUGUUUACUAAGAUUUGGGUUCUCCCUCCCAAGUGACAAUAAAGGGCUGAGAUCCAUCUCAGCUUCUUUGAGAUGUGGUCACCAUAGGCAUCAUCAUUGUAGGGGCAGUCUCGUUGCUGUCUUCUAGCAGACAGAAGAGUUAGGUGCCAGAAAGGACAAUCUUGGCAGUGGGUCCCUUCCCUGAAGGACUCUAAGAAGGCAUAAAGGUUGGGGUGGAGGGUGGUGUGUGAAGGAGGAGGCCCUUGAUUAGGUCAGUGGUCCCUGGGAGCCCUCCUCCAGAGGCUUCCAGCCGGGUGACAGUCUGGGCUCUCGGGUACUGAUCUUUCUAAUAUGGCAGUGGUUGUGGUGCUUCUGACUUGAAUUGGAAAUUCCCAUAUCUAAUAAAACCGAGAAGUACCUCGUUGAUAUCUUAUUGAAA